AUGUGCCGGUCGCAUGUUGCUUCAACAAGUCAAUUAAAUAUUGGAUCGCUAAAUGAGCUCGUUAUCAACCUGAUACCCCCGCCUUCUCUCGUUCUACCUUUUCCCCAGUUCUACGUGAUAUGGACCAGAAAGUUCCUCGAUGUCCAUGCAAAAUUGCUAACAAAGUUGGAUCCAGUGGCCCCGCGGUUCAAUGCAGGGCUUCAGCUGCCGCUAGUGUCGGCUGUGUCUGAAACCAGCCCCCCGUUUAUUCAUACAACCUUUUCUUCGUCCUCCGUAUUGGCUUCCCCAGAUCCUAUCCUUAAUCUAGGGGGUGAAGGCGAAGGUAUCAAGUCGCCUGAUAUUCUUAUAUCUGCUACUCCUUUGCCUACCGUUUCACUUAAUUUCGCUACAAACAAAAAAGAGCAAGAACAACUUUCCGAUGCAUUAUUCGUCGACAACGAAACCUCUAAGUUAUCACCUCAGACCAUAACGACCAAUCAGCAAAAAUCGAAGAGCAGCUCAUUAUCCGAUCGCAUCCGGUCCUGGACUUGGACUUUAUUAUCUUGGAUAUCAAAUGUAUUGUACUCUUUUUUUACGAAUGGAAAGGGCGCAGCUCCUGAGCAUGAUGCCCUUAGAAACAAGGCCAAUUCCGAACCAGGUGGCCUUUCAUGGGAACUUUCCCGGUCUGCAAGGGAUAGCGACAGCCAGAUACUACAUGAGAUACCAGACUACGUUCUUGAAUAUGCUCCCUUAGUCCAUCUCUUCUCUGCUGAACAAUUUUGGCCAUGCGAUAUUGGAGAACAUUUAACGCACAUUACGCCAUACUUGAACUAUACCCCCCUCAGAGCCACAUGGGAGCACCCUCUACUUGACAAUCUCGAUGACCUAAAUAAUUGGCAACACGGUCGCCAUGUCUUUUUGACGAGUAAUGAAAACGUGGAAAACCGACCAGAAUGGCUACAUGGCAAGAAGAAUAUUCCGGAACCUGUUCCCUAUUCCCGGCAAAAAGGACGCUUUUACCGUCGCUCGAUUGACUUCCUGUCACAGAAUACCCAGAUGUUAGGAUACUUUGGCCGCAAGGGGAAAACAGCUGGCAAGAGUAAAGCCCCCGCAGUGCUAAUUGUGAUUGAUAAAGGAGACGGCAUAGUGGAUGCAUUUUGGUUCUAUUUUUACAGCUUUAACCUGGGAAACGAGGUGUUCAAUCUCCGUUUUGGAAACCAUGUUGGGGACUGGGAGCAUUCCCUCGUUCGAUUUCAUCGUGGCGAACCUAAAGCUAUCUUUCUCAGCGAGCACUCCGGCGGAGAAGCAUAUACUUACAAUGCCAUGGAGAAACUAGGCAAGCGACCUGUCAUAUACUCCGCCACUGGCACUCAUGCCAUAUAUGCUAACCCGGGAAUACAUUCUUAUAUUCUUCCCUGGGGCCUCCUUCGCGACCAAACUGACGCCGGACCGCUGUGGGAUCCUUCCCUUAAUAUGCAUGCGUACGCUUAUUCGCCCCACAACGACACUUUAUACCCCUCAAAUAGAACACCCAAUGCGCCCAUCGAAUGGUUUUCAUUCCGAGGCCAUUGGGGAGAUAAAAUAUACCCGCUGGGUGAGAGACGACAGUACCGAUUUGCCGGGCAAUAUCAUUACGUCAGUGGACCCUUGGGCCCAAGGUUUAAGAACCUAGCUAGGAGGAAAGUGUGUCAAGGACCAGAAGAGGACAUUUGCAUUAUUAGAAACGAGGUCGGGGCAAAGGGUGGGCGAGAACAUGCUAAAGUGGGGUUGAAAUGGGAUGCAGGGCUUAGAGAUGAUGAUGGGGAGGAUCAGGUUUGAUCGCGAUCCUUCGGGAAGAUAGACGCCUUUUACUGUUAUACCUUAUCCUGUACUUACUUA